AAGCCAUGGGGUUAUUAUGUGUGCACGGGUAAUACAAAUUACCACCAUAUUACCAGGUCCAAUUCAUCGACAGUUAGAGUUCCAGGAGGUAACCCGCAUGCCGGUUUCGGCGGUCUUUGGGUUUGUGUCAUUAGUCAUUUUAGCCAUCUCCCGCAUUUGGUCCUGCGCGGAGUUGCAACCGCUAUCUUUUCCAGACUGUGGCUCCCAUGAUCACGAAUAUAAAUGAACACAAUUUAUUUGUCAUUCGACUUUCUUUAACCAUGUCGUUCAACGAGAUCCCCAGCCUUGAUCUCAGCCUAGCGCUCGACCCCAGCACUAAGCCUCAAUUUCUUCAACAGCUUAGAUAUGCCUUAAUAGAUGUCGGAUUCCUUCUACUCAAAAACUACGAAUCGGUGGGUCCGUCGCCCGAUGACUUCCAGUCGAUCAAACACCAGACAGAAGCCUUCUUCCGACUUCCGCAGUCCGUGAAAGACGGAUGCUCCAUGCUCAACAGCCGUCAUUUUUUGGGAUACAACAAGCUCGCCAACGAAAUCACCAGUAAGCACACCGACUGGCGGGAACAGGUGGACUUGGCCAACGAGUUGCCGGCCCCCGGUGCGGACGAACCCAUAUACCGCAACAUUGAGGGCCCUAAUGAGUGGCCCGAUGCUCUGCACAUUCCGGAGUUUAAGCCGGUGGUUUUGAACUAUAUCUCCAACAUGAACAGACUCGCAACUGUUUUCCGAAAAUUGGUAUGUGAGGCGCUCGAAGUGCCUGCCGACUCAAUGGACGGGUACUUUAAGCCCAACCAGCAGACCAAAAUGAAGAUUGUGGCCUAUCCUGAUGUGUCGCAGUUGAAACAAGAACUGUCCAAAUCCAACGUGUUGGACGAUGACUUCUCUACCGGCCAGGGAUGUGGCCCUCACCGGGACUCGGAUCUCCUCACGUAUAUUUUCCAGGUGACCAACCACCAAAAUUCUCUCCAAGUGCAGAACUUCCAGGGAAAGUGGAUCACGGUACCGUUUAUUCCCAACACUCUUGUGGUAAAUGUGGGGCAAACCUUGGAAGCCAUCACCCAGGGAGUGUGUAAGGCCACCAUUCACCGGGUGGUGAUCCCGGAACCGGGCACCGGCACCAGGAUCUCGGUGCCUUUCUUUCAGACCAUCGACUUGGACUCUAAGAAGCUGAUGUUGGAUAACAUUCCUGCCAGGGUGUUGCAACUUAAGGAAGAAAGAGAUGCCAAAAUAAAGGAUUGGGCCGUUGACACCGGGUUCCAGUUCACGCCCGAAAUCGACAAGUACCCGGUGGGACAUUAUGUGUUUAGGAAUAGAAUCAAAUCUCAUCAGGAUGUGGCUGCAAAAUGGUAUCCUGAUAUUUUGCAGGAUGUUCUUAGUUCGUAUUGAACAGUAAAAGGUAAUAUAUAUAUGGUAUGGU